GCCCAGGUUUAUGAACAUCGAUCGAGAGUCUCAAGAAAGGAACCUGCGGACGACAGAAUAAUCGCAGUGAUGGCAGAGCAGAACGGGAAGAAGCAGCUAGACUUUCCUUGCACGCUCACCCUCGACAUUCCUUUCCCAACAGCCCACCUCGCAUCUACUGCACUCCGUACUCUUUCAGUAGAUGCCGAACUGUCGCACCUCGUUCAACGCUCCUUCUCCCUCGUCGCACCUGCAGACUCCUCCGAGCAAACAGUCCUACGAGUGAACUACGCCGCAACCACAAACCGCAUGUUACGCGUUGCAGUCAACGGGUUCUUCGAGAGCGUAGGCGUGGUCAUUGGGGCGAUGAAGGAUCUGGAUGUGGAUGUGAUAUAUGAGCCGGUAACAGAGGGCUUGGAGGGUGUCCAGGGACUGGAGGCGGUCAAGGGCUGAAAGCCCGCUAAGGAUUGCUGAGGAUUUAAGACAAAGCUUUAGGGUAACCCGGCCUCUGCAUCUGGAUGGAUGAGGGCAGGCGGAGUGCUGUGAGCACAAUUACGCGGAGAGCACGAAGGUGGAAGGUUAGGAGACGACCGGGUGGUGCGCAACUUCUCAGGAAGUACUGGUUGGAGUAGUGAGAUACAAGUGGAGAGACGGUGAUCAGACGCCAUCAUACGGAGCAAAAGCAUAAUGCUGCCCAGAUUUGGUGGAUACGUAGUGCAGACGCAGUCUUCGCCUAUGGAAGCGAUAGAAUAGUCCGGACACGGUAAAUGAUUCGAGAAAAGCUUCAGAUGCAACAGCGAACGCUAUUCAACACCCUUCAAC